GAGUCCUUUUCCUCUUUCGUCAAUUAGAUUCACCGACUUUUCUUCACUUUCCACUCCUAGUCUCCCACUACACAAAUCCACCUUACAUAGCAUCAGAUGCUCCAUGGGCGACCCGAAUAGACCCGUUACCGGCUACCCCGCCGCAGCGGCGGCUCCUCCAAACCCCAACGGCUACUCCACCGCUCAACCGCCGCCUCCGGCCACCGCCUACCCUUACGCCGCACCACCCUAUUACAACAACAACUACCCUUACCAAGAUCCUUACACCGCACAACGCAACACCUUUCUUCGCCGAGUAAUAGCUAUACUUGUUGCUUCUACAAUCAUAACCGGAACAGUCCUCUUUGUUAUCUGGCUUAUAAUCCUUCCACGUGUCCCCGAAUUCCAAAUCGACUCACUUAAUAUUUCCAAUCUCAAUCUUUCUAAUUCCCUCAUUACUGCUAAUUGGGAUCUCCAUUUUACUGCUAAAAAUCCCAACAAGAAGAUCACUCUAUACUUCGAUGAAAUUGCUGCUGCAAUUUUCUAUGAAUCGUUAUCAAUUGCUGAUACUACAGUUCCACCUUUCUUUAUGGAUAAACGAAAUGAGACUACCCAAAAAGUUAGUUUUGUUGCUUCCGGUGCGUAUGUAGAGAAAUGGGCAUUUGAUGGGAUGAAUAAAGAGAGAGCUGAAAGGGGAGGUGUUGGGUUUAAUGUGAGGAUGGUAGCUAGGGUUAGUUAUAAAGCUGGAGCAUGGAGAGCAAGAAGGAGGUAUUUGAGGGUUUAUUGUGGGGAUUUGUUUGUUGGGGUUGCGUUAAAUAAGUCGUCUGGGAACUUGCUUGGUGGACCGAGGAAAGGUCGAGUUGGGCUGUGAUGUGAUGGUGGAGUUUUAAUUUUAAUUGAAUUUUAUUGACUCAUUAGGUGAUCUAGUUUUGUUUCAUUCUGUAUUUAGUUUUAUUGUAUAAGCAAUGUAGUGAGGAUAAUGCUGAUUGAAUUGCGUUAUAUCGAUCUGAUAUUUAAAAAAAAAAAAAAAAAAAAAAACUGAUCUUGAUUGUUUAUUUAUUCAUAUUGGUGUA